AUGGCCAAGCUCUUUGCUCCCGUUUACUUGCUUCUUGCCCUCUUUGUAUUCACCUCAGUAAGAAGAAUGAUGCCAAUGGUGAAAGCCGAUGAAUGUACACUAGCAACUAUUGGCGGCGGUUGUCCCGACAUUGACGAGUGCGCCUUGACAUGUAGUACUUGUUAUCGGAAUGUUGGGCGUACCAGAUUUUACUGUGAAUCUGCUGGCGGUAUUGAUUCAUGUAUUUGUGCCAUGGCCAAUGGUGCCCCUUGCAACCUUCCUGGCUCACCAAAGUGCCCGAACUGGCCACGAUCUAUUCCUGCUGCGGCCAAUUUCACCGCAAAUUAA